AUGGCGAGGAAUUUAUCUGUGAUCUUGAUCCUGACCUUCACUCUCCUGGCCUGUGUCACAAGUCCCUCAGCUGCUUUCCCUCAGACCACGGAGAAAAUUGUUGCAAAUUGGGAAGCAGGCAUUAAUGUUGACUUGGCAGUUACUACACAGAGACACCAUCUACAACAACUUUUUCACCGCUAUGGAGAAAAUAAUUCCUUGUCCGUUGAAGGUUUCAGAAAAUUGCUUCAAAAUAUAGGCAUUGAUAAGAUUAAAAGAAUCCAUAUAAACCAUGACCAUGAUCAUCACUCUGACCAUGAUCAUCACUCUGACCAUGAUCAUCACUCUCAUCACAAUCAUGCAACUUCCAUUAAAAAUAAUCAGAAAGGUCUCUGCCCAGACCACGACUCUGAUAGUUCAGGUAAAGAUCCUAGAAACAGCCAGGGGAAAGGAUCUCGCCGACCAGAAAAUGCCAAUAGUAGAAGAAGUGUUUUAAUCAAAGACAGUGCUAGUGAAGUGACCUCAGCUGUAUAUAAUGCUGUCUCUGAAGGAACUCACUUUCUAGAGACUAUAGAGACUCCAAAACCUGGAAAAGUUCUCCUUAAAGAUGUGAGUGGUUCCACUCCACCGAGCAUCACAGAAAAGAGCCAUGUGAGCCGACUUGCUAGUAGGAAAACAAAUGAAUCUUUGAAUGAGCUCAGAAAAGGCUUUAUGCUUUCCAGAAACACAAAUGAUAAUACUCCAGAGUGCUUCAAUGCAACAAAGCUGCUCACGUCGCAUGGCAUGGGCAUCCAGGUUCUGUUGAACACAACAGAGUUCUACUAUCUCUGCCCAGCCAUCAUCAAUCAGAUUGAUACUAGAUCUUGUCUCAUUCAUACAACGAGUGAAAAGAAAGCUGAAAUUCCUCCAAAGGCCUAUUCUUUACAAAUAGCCUGGGUUGGUGGCUUUAUAGCUAUUUCCAUCAUCAGUUUCCUGUCCUUGCUGGGUGUUAUCUUGGUGCCUCUCAUGAACCGGGUGUUUUUCAAAUUUCUCCUAAGUUUUCUUGUGGCACUGGCCGUUGGGACAUUGAGUGGUGAUGCUUUUUUACACCUUCUUCCACAUUCUCAUGCAAGUCACCACCAUGGUCACAGCCAUGAAGAACCAGCAAUGGAAAUGAAGAGAGGGCCACUUUUCAGUCAUCUGUCUUCUCAAAACAUAGAAGAAAGUACCUAUUUUGAUUCUACAUGGAAGGGUCUGACAGCUCUAGGAGGCCUGUACUUCAUGUUUCUUGUUGAACAUGUACUCACAUUGAUCAAGCAGUUUAAAGAUAAGAAGAAAAAGAAUCAGAAAAAACCUGAAAAUGAUGAUGAUGUGGAGAUUAAGAAGCAGUUGUCCAAGUACGAAUCUCAACUUUCAACAAAUGAAGAAAAAGUAGACACAGAUGAUCGACCAGAAGGCUAUCUACAAACAGACACUCAAGAGCCCUCACACUUUGAUUCUCAGCAGCCAGCAGUCUUGGAAGAAGAAGAGGUCAUGAUAGCUCAUGCUCAUCCACAAGAAGUUUACAAUGAAUAUGUUCCCAGAGGGUGCAAGAAUAAAUGUCAUUCUCAUUUUCAUGACACACUCGGCCAAUCAGAUGAUCUCAUUCACCACCAUCAUGACUACCAUCAUAUUCUCCAUCACCACCACCACCAAAACCACCACCCCCACAGUCACAGUCAGCGUUACUCUCGAGAGGAGCUAAAAGAUGCCGGCAUUGCCACUUUGGCUUGGAUGGUGAUAAUGGGGGACGGCCUACAUAAUUUCAGCGAUGGCCUAGCAAUUGGUGCUGCUUUUACUGAAGGUUUAUCAAGUGGUUUAAGUACUUCUGUUGCUGUGUUUUGUCAUGAGUUGCCUCAUGAAUUAGGUGACUUUGCUGUUUUACUAAAGGCGGGCAUGACUGUUAAACAGGCUGUUCUUUAUAAUGCUCUGUCAGCCAUGCUGGCAUACCUUGGAAUGGCAACAGGGAUUUUCAUUGGUCAUUAUGCUGAAAAUGUUUCUAUGUGGAUAUUUGCACUUACUGCUGGCUUAUUCAUGUAUGUUGCUCUCGUUGAUAUGGUACCUGAGAUGCUACAUAAUGAUGCUAGUGACCAUGGAUGUAGCCGCUGGGGAUAUUUCUUUUUACAGAAUGCUGGAAUACUUUUAGGUUUUGGGAUUAUGUUACUUAUUUCUGUAUUUGAGCAUAAAAUUGUGUUUAGUAUAAAUUUCUAGUAUAAAUGCUAGAGUAGUUUACAAAAGCAUUGCCAUCUGUAGUUUGAAUAAGUCAUAGGGAGAUGAGAGUUUGUGUAUUAUAACAUGCAGCAUUUAGUGUGUAUUGUGAUUUUUUUGUAUUGAAUUUUGUCAUUUGUUACACUUAUAAGGUCAAUUAUGGUGGUAACAUAAAGGUACAUUUUAAUAUUUAAGUUAUUCUAUUUUGGGAAUAUAAGCUAUAAGUGCAAUUCACCCAUAUUACCAGUUUUAUUGUAUAAACAAGAGACUUGGCAUGACAUGUUCUAUAUAUUUCAGGGAAAAAAAUGUCUUUAAUUCUUUAUUCUAGAACUAAUUUAACACAGUAAUUUCCAUGCUGGAUUUUAAACCUCUGAAGAACUUUAGGUGUUCAGUCAGGAGUAGUAAGAAUAUUCCUGAACCCUAAGAUACCAAGGAAACUUGUACUGAAUUUAAGCUAGUAAAUAAGGAGCAAAAGAGA